AUGACCAAGUCAUGGUGCACUCCAGAGUACCCAUCAGUGGUACCAGAACCACGAUCCUGGUACCAUCGUGCAUACGGAAAACGUGCUCAAUUAACAAACUGCCCUUCGACAGACGUGAAACUGGAAAAAAUCCUCGGUCUACGACCGCCAAAAUCUAGUCAUCCUCUAGUUUUAUACCAAGAGAAAAAUCACAGCAACCCUAUCACUAUCGAGUGCAUAAACAGAUGCAUCAAAAAUGACGAGUGCCUUAGCUUUAUCGUCUACUACAACGUGUCUUCGUGCUUUUGGCUCAAAAGUUCCACGGAUGGAGAGCAGGAAGCGGAAACGGAAGUCGAUACUGACGUCGAUUGGUUCGCGAAAGUGUGUUUGACAGUGAAAGACCCUUGCAAGAACCUCUGGACUUUCGAGAGGAUACCAGGGGCUAUUUUGAUAGGGAACGACACGAAAAAAAUCGGAAAACCCAUUUCAAGAACCGAAUGCCAGCAAUCCUGCCUGAAUGAGACCGAAUUUUCGUGUAAAUCGGCCAAGUUUAGAAUUAAAAAGGCCAAUUAUGGACCUAACGCGCAAACUCUAGGUUUGUGCACACUCAGUAACACUGAUAGGCAUCUAAUGCCCAACUCUUACAGAGUUUCCAGUUUCUAUGAAGAGUACUUUGAAAAUCAGUGUGGUGUGGACGAAAGUAAACCAGACUUGUCUCAAUUUUGUGCAUACGAAGAGUACAUAAACUCAACUUUGUCACACAGUGACGCAUACUACGAAAGCAAAACCAAAGAAGAAUGCGAAGAUUUGUGCGAAAAAUCAACGCAAUUUCAUUGCAGAGGUUACAGUUUGAUGAAAACCAAAUCCAGGGUGGAUAGGUUUCAUUGCAAUCUCCACAGCGAAGAUACAAAAAUACACGGCCCAAAACUUCUGGACCAAAUCCCUGGAGGAACGUAUUUUGAGAAAGCACGCUGCAUUAACAUUAGUGUGCAGUGCAGUGAAACUUAUAUGACGAUAAAGUACAACCCUGAAACUGAGUUCCAAGGUCGAAUUUACAUGCAAGGGUAUUCGGAAAAUCCAGAGUGCUUUGCCAGUGGUGAAGGAAAAGGUACCAUGGUUACCCUUAAAUUACAACUGCUCACCAAACAAUGUGGUAUCAUCAAAGCAAACGGUAUGGGAAAUAGAACUCUACUGGCGGGAACCAUGGUCCUCCAAUACAAUUCCUUGAUUCAAACUCAGGGAGACAGACUUAUCAAGGUCGGUUGUAUUUUUGGAAACGAAAGCAAAAUUCUUGUAGGAACUGGAGUGACAAUUUCUUCAUCACUCCCGAGCAAGGGCAGCGUUAUAGUCAACUCGGUAACGAAUGGUACCACAAACCCAACAGUGGAAAUGAGAGUGGUAGAUUUAAAUUCUCACAAGGAAGUGAGUGAUACUCAGAUUGGGCAAGAAUUGCAAUUAGUAAUUGAGGCUAGAGUCAGCGAACCCAUGGACAUUUGGGCGAGCCACUUGGUAGCAAUGACGGAAAAAAGCGACGAAUCCAUAUUUUUACUGGACGACCGCGGUUGUCCAACGGACCUGGCACUUUUUCCGGGCUUGGAAAAAAUUAAAACCAACAAUACGGUUACAUUAGUCGGUACUUUUCAGGCUUUUAAAUUUGCCUCGUCGUCGAUCCUAAGAUUCAGCGUCAUCGUGCAGUUUUGCACAGAAAAAUGCAUGCCAGUUGACUGUGGCAAUGGAUUGAGAUCCUUUGGAAGAAAAAAACGGGAUUAUGUUGUUCACAGGCUGCAAACAAUAAAUGGAACAGCCAUUGUGAAAAUGAAUCGUCCCGUUUUUCAAGGGACUGCUUCUGUUAUAAAUCAGAUGCCUUUAGAGUUUGUUAUGGUGGUAAGAGACCCGGCAACAAAAUCUGACAGGCUAAUUUAUGGUGAAAAUAAAAUACUAGUUGCUGGAUAUGACUAUGUAAACAAUGAAUUUUGCCUAGACUACUCCCUGGUUAUUGGUUUGAUAGUGACCUGGGUAAUAGUGCAAAUAUUGUUUGUAACAUGCUGUAUAAUACUCGUAAGAAAAUACAAACGGCACUAUGAACAUGAAUGCACAAGACAGUCAUUGGAAGAGCUGCAUAAAAAUUUUGGUAUUGGAUUUAGCAACCUGGAAAACCGAAGGGUGCAUUGGGCAGAUAACGAGGAGUUUACAUAAAACUAUUUAUUUUAAUUUUGUAAAUAAAAUUAUUUUAUUUUGACGGUUUUUAAAUUAAAUCCACGAUUUACUUGUAUGUAUGUACAGUUUAAUAGAAUAAAUAACUUACUACUUACAAAAUAACAACCUAUUUGCUAAGGCUUAUUUACAGGUUAUGUUACAUUUCCAGAAUCUUGUUUAUUCCUAAUUUCCUUGGUCAACUCAAUUUGUUUCUGCAAAUUAUACACGUUUUCCGCUUUUCUUUUCUGCCUUCUCUCAACAUCUUUUAUAACGCCUUCGUGCAUCUGUUGCCUGCAAUAUUUCAAAAAUUCAAAAUACGACAUAACCUAAAAAUUCUCAUACCUAUCGUAAUAUUGCCUGUAAUGCACGUAUCCUAUGAUUCCUAGGGAAAAUGUACAGGCCCCGAACAAAACUGAUUUUGCUAAAGUGGACAUUAUCGCACAAUAAGUACAAAAUAUCGCAUAAUAUAUGUACAAAAUAGCUUUGGAUAAAAUGUGACUAAC